CUUUCAAUUUAAAUAAUAUUGAAAUGGAGUCUUCAGACCAAGACUUUUUCGAUAAAGACGACUCUCACAACCUCUCUGCAGAAGUUGACGUCACUAUCGGAGAUGACGACCUAAAAACCAUCCCUAACCCUACAACCAAGACUGAAUACUGUGAAGCAAUUGAAGCUCUGCUUGAAAAGAACGCAAUCCUCGAACACAAAAUGAGUGGCAAGGAGGUGACAAAAGAAGAGCAAAACAAAGUAUUCGAAAAGAAGCAGUUCCAUCUUGACACCAUGAAUAUGAUGACCAAGUACCAAAUUGUCUUCCUCAAGCUAGAGACUUCCCUCAAGAAGAUUAUGGCUAACAACGAUUGGAGGAACGAACUUCGCAAGAAGAAAGGGUUCCAAAAAUUCAAAGAAAAUGCAAUGAAGAAUAAUAUUAUAGCUACCAAAUCCAAAGCCAUGACCAACGCAAAGACGGAGAGAUGUCUCAAGAACCUCUUCCGGAUUGCUGAGAAGUCAGACAUAAGGGAGAAAUACUUCAUGAAGUGGAAACUCCAUGCUGAAUGCGAGAAGAAAGAGCAAAGAAUUUUGAAUAAUAAAUAACAAGAAGCUCAAAUCGAUAACUGAUGAAAUAUCCAUCUCCAUUAAAAAGUUAGAUGGCUUGACUAAGAAAAAGGAUAAUGAUAUGGAGUCCCUCCAGAGACGUAUCAGAGAGCACCAGGAGUACAUAGAGAAACUGGAAGUCCAAAAGCAAUCCCUUGAAUGUGAGAUGCUGGUCAAGCAGAUCAAAGAGAUUGAAGAAGAUAAUGACAGGCUCAGACAAAAAUUAGAGUCUUCGAAGACUAAUGUAGGUAGCUUUAUACAAGAGAUGUCAUCUAUUAUUGGUACCCAUGAGUUUCAAUUACUCAUGGAAGGGCAAGAUCCAGAGAGAUUUGAGUAUAAUCAUUAUGGCAAUGGCACUGAUGAGUUUGAAGACCCCCACCAACAUGCUGGCACAGGAGGUAGCUCAAAGGUAAAGAAGUAUAAGCAUUCUCAGUUUUAAACCAAAA